AUGGCUGAAAAUCACCCGUUUUCUACUCACUUCAUACUAGUACUAAUAACCAUAACCCGUUUGAUAUCCACUGUGUGUGAAACCGAGCAAUGGAAAAAAACUCUGCUGCCACCAGAGCUUGUCAUCACUGUUGGUGAUAUAUCCCACAAGCUCUAUAACGAUCCUGAAACUAUUCAAUUGGCUUCCAGUGACUAUGGAAAUAUGGUGCGGGAAUUCCCUGCAGCAGUGUUUCAUCCAUCUUCUAUACACGAUAUAGCGAGCUUGAUAAAAUGCUCAUACAAUAGCUCUGUCCCUUUCAAUAUAGCUGCGAGGGGACAAGGUCACUCCACUCGAGGACAGGCCAUGGCACGUGAUGGGGUUGUGGUUGACAUGGCAAGCUUCAGAAAACAAAGACAUGGGAUUGCAAUUAAUGUCUCUGAGGACCCUCUGAAUGGUAAUUAUUAUGCUGAUGUUGGAGGUGAGCAACUCUGGAUUGAUGUGCUAUAUGCCACGCUUGAACAUGGACUUGCACCGGUUUCUUGGACUGAUUAUCUGUACUUGACGGUGGGAGGGACGCUUUCCAACGCUGGGGUUAGUGGUCAGGCAUUUCGCUAUGGACCUCAAAUCAGCAACGUUCAUGAAAUGGAUGUGGUCACUGGAAAAGGAGAUUUCGUUACCUGCUCUUCACGGAAGAAUUUGGAGUUAUUUCACGCCGUUCUUGGAGGUUUAGGACAAUUUGGGAUUAUAGCAAGGGCAAGAAUUGCGCUUGAGCCAGCACCCAAAAGGGUUAAGUGGGUCAGACUGCUUUAUAGUGACUUUUCUGCUUUUACCAAAGACCAGGAACGAUUAAUCUCAAUCAAUGGAAGGAAACAAAAAACAGCAUUGGAUUUUUUGGAGGGGAUGCUGCUAAAGCACCAAGGCCCCAUAAAUAAUUGGAGAUCCUCUUUCUUCGCUCUAUCUGACCAUCCCAGAAUAGCUUCUUUAAUAACUAAACAUAGCAUCCUCUACUGCCUUGAAGUUGCUAAAUAUUAUGAUGACCAAUCCGAAAAAAAGGUCGACAAGGAUAUUCAAGUUUUGCUCCAAGGACUAGACUAUAUCCCUGGAUUUUAUUAUGAGAAAAAUGUCUCAUAUGUUGAAUUCUUGAAUAGAGUCCGAAGUGAAGAGUUGAAGCUUGACUCACAAGGACUGUGGGAUGUUCCUCACCCAUGGCUUAAUUUGUUUAUACCAAAAUCUCAAAUCUUUGAUUUUGAUUUAGGCGUAUUCAAGGAUAUUAUUCUUAAAAGGAACAUCACCAGUGGACCUGUCUUGGUUUACCCCAUGAAUAGAAGCAAGUGGGACGAUAAGAUGUCAGCAUCUAUACCAGAUGAGGAUGUCUUCUACGCAGUUGGAUUUUUGCACUCCAGUGGUUUUGAAAAUUGGAAGGCAUAUGAUGCUCAAAACAGAGAAAUUUUGGAGUUUUGUAGUGAUGCUGGCAUUAAGGUUAAGCAAUAUCUUCCCAACCACAGCACACAGGAAGAUUGGGCAAAUCAUUUCGGCAAUAAAUGGAGGAGUUUCCUAGAAAGAAAACAUCAGUUUGAUCCAAGAAUGAUUCUAUCACCAGGACAAAAAAUCUUUCACAACAAUUAUAACCAUAGUUUUAAUUAAACAUUUUACCCAAUGAAAAAUAAGAAUGUUUAUGGUGGGACUACCUCAAUUAGCUGGCUAGCUGGGCCCAGGCGUAAAUACUAUGACCCAGACUCGGA